GCGAAGAAGUUGAACAGCCUGGCGCUAGUGUCGUUGGCACCACGACUCCUUCUCUUCCUCCUCCAUUUUUGUAUCCGGCUCGAGCUAGCAAAAAUGGCUCAGAUCUCCGCACGUUUGGCCGCUGCGGUGGCGAGGCAGCUUCCAAAUACCACCAGACAGGCCGCCAGACUAGCAUGGCCCUCCAUGCAGGUGGGAGCUCGCCACAUCCAUGUCUCGUGCAGUCAACGUGCUGCCGAGAUCUCUUCCAUCCUGGAGGAGAGGAUUUUGGGAGCUACUCCCAAGGCCAACCUUGACGAGACGGGCCGUGUCUUGAGCAUUGGUGACGGUAUUGCCCGUGUCUAUGGCCUGAAGAACAUCCAGGCCGAUGAGAUGGUGGAAUUCUCCUCCGGCCUCAAGGGUAUGGCUCUCAACUUGGAGCCUGACAACGUCGGUGUGGUCGUAUUCGGUAACGAUAAGCUCAUCAAGGAAGGCGACAUUGUGAAGCGUACCGGAGCCAUCGUCGACGUCCCUGUCGGCGCUGAGCUGCUGGGCCGUGUGGUUGACGCCCUCGGCAAUGCCAUUGACGGAAAGGGAGCCAUUGCUACGAAAUCGAGGAUGCGUGUUGGUGUCAAGGCCCCUGGCAUCAUUCCCCGCAUCUCCGUGCGCGAACCCAUGCAGACCGGAAUCAAGGCUGUGGACUCUCUGGUGCCCAUCGGUCGUGGCCAGCGUGAGUUGAUCAUCGGUGACAGACAGACUGGUAAGACUGCCCUGGCCAUCGACACCAUCAUCAACCAGCAGAGGUUCAACAACGCUGAUGACGAGAAGAAGAAGCUGUACUGCAUCUACGUCGCCAUUGGCCAGAAGAGAUCCACUGUGGCUCAGAUCGUGAAGAGGCUUACUGACUCUGAUGCCAUGAAGUACACCAUCAUCGUCUCUGCCACCGCCUCUGACGCUGCUCCCCUGCAGUACCUUGCUCCCUACUCUGGCUGCGCCAUGGGAGAGUUCUUCCGCGAUAGCGGAAAGCAUGCCCUCAUCAUCUACGACGAUUUGUCCAAGCAGGCUGUUGCCUACCGUCAGAUGUCUCUGCUGCUGAGGCGUCCUCCCGGUCGUGAGGCCUACCCUGGUGACGUCUUCUACCUUCACUCGCGUCUGCUUGAGCGUGCCGCCAAGAUGAGCGAGGUCAACGGUGGUGGCUCCCUGACCGCCCUGCCCGUGAUCGAGACCCAGGCCGGUGAUGUGUCCGCCUACAUUCCCACCAACGUCAUCUCCAUCACUGAUGGACAGAUCUUCUUGGAAACUGAGUUGUUCUACAAGGGUAUCCGCCCUGCCAUCAACGUCGGUCUGUCCGUGUCCCGUGUCGGAUCUGCUGCCCAGACCCGUGCCAUGAAGCAGGUCGCCGGCUCCAUGAAGCUCGAGUUGGCCCAGUACCGUGAGGUCGCCGCCUUCGCCCAGUUUGGUUCAGAUUUGGACGCUUCCACCCAGCAGCUGCUCAACCGUGGUGUCCGGCUCACUGAGCUCCUCAAGCAGGGACAGUAUGUGCCCAUGGCUAUUGAGGAACAGGUCGCUGUUGUGUACUGCGGAGUGCGUGGCCACCUUGACAAGCUUGACCCCGCAAAGAUCACCGCCUUCGAGAAGGAGUUCCUUCAGCACAUUAAGACCAGCCACCAGGACAUUCUUACCAGCAUUGCCAAGGAAGGCAAGAUUUCUGAUGAGACCGACGCCAAGCUGAAGAAGGUUGUUAAGGACUUCAUAGCUACAUUCUCUGCGUAGAAAUUGUUAGGUGGAAAUACGGAGGACUGUAGCUUUUAAUAAGUAACACUAAAAAGAGAGGAAAAAUUAAAUAUAUCAACAUCAGCCACACGUCAUGGUCACCCGGCGAACAUUUCGUUUACUGUGCGGAAAAGAAUUACUUCAAACCAUCUUUGUUGAUGCCUUGCAUUUUACUAGUUCGUACACCCCGAGUAAAAUACUGCCCAAGGCAUUCAUGUUGAUUUAUGUUACUAUGUACAAAAAAAUAAAGUCAAAAAUGUUUCAAAAAAAUUGAAAACGCGAAAAUUAAAA